UUAUGAAUUUUAUUUGCUCUAACUUAAUCUUAUCUUGUUUUUAUAAUGAUGUCAAGCUGGUUUUAAUGAAAUUUAUACCUCUAAAUAUGUAUUGCGCUCCGGCUCGGGACAAAUUAAAAUAAUGAUUAAGUAGCUUUAUAUAGCUUUAUUGCCGAGUUAUAAACUGCUUUGAAUUCAUGACAAGCUGUUUAAUUUAAUGCAACAGAUAAAACUCGAUAAAGUAUCAGCUGUCGGUGAGAUUUUAAAUUUUUUGUACAAGGUGCGUUGAAAUUUAAAAAAGUUCAUUGUUAAUUAGAAGCGGAUCCUUUGAUAGUUAACCUUUGACUCCCCGCCCCCGGCGAUUAUUUAGCGACAUUUUCCCACCUUGUGUAGAGCGUUACGUGCAAUUCGGAGUUUUUGGGAGUUACAGAAGUUCAUAAUGUAGACCUAUAUCACAUCAAAUUUUCUGUUAUAUCGACUGCCAAGGUAAAGACUCCUGUGUAUACAUUAUAUUUCCCGAAUGUUGACAUGGGCUUAUGUGUACAAUCUUUACCUGUGAAAAGGAAAUCUAGACUUUUAAGAUUUCGUCUCAGAAAUUAAACAUUCACCAGUCGGUGUUUAAUGGAGUGUGUGUGGUAAAGCUUAGAAAACUGUGAUCUUAGAGGGCUUCCGCCCGAUACCGACCUCAGACAAGCCGGACUAAGGUCGCGGGGGUAUUAAGUCUGGAUAUCUAACAUGGAGGGGUUUAACUUCAGUAUUACGUAAGAUUUUUCUCAAUGAAGAAGUGGGUAUGAUUUGAAGAGAAUUUUGCCCUUGGGAGUGACGUUACGUGGACAUGCCUCCUGUCAGGCUGUAUGACGUCAGUGUGGGGGGUCAGCGCGUGAAGGACCUAGGGUUACAGUCUGAAUAUGACAGGACAGUUGAAGUGUCCAGUGCCCCCGAUACGUUUGCUUGUGGACACAUCCUGUGUCAUAAAUGUAUCCGGAACCACCUGGUCCCACGGCGGGGCUCCGUCUGGGAAUGUCCGGUCUGUAACGAAGUGUCGGAUUCCUUCAACUUAACGGAGUCCACCGGAAGCGGAACAGAGGACGACGAUUCACAGCAUAUCAAACUGAUGUCCAACUACGACCAAAUGGUGGAAAAGUUUAAUGGGAUUGACUAUUCGUUGAGGAGGCUGAAAGACGAGAAAGUGGAGGCGAAAUCCGUGGGGCUGUCGUACACCACCUGCCCCUGUAGUAUGUGCGGGGAGAACCACGGCACCCUCUCUGUGACCCAGGAGUACAACCAACUCCGGGUCCAACACGUGCGUCCAACCUCAAUCGACCAUUACUUCUACCGGCUUUCCACCGGAAGUAUCGUGACAUCAUUUUACAGUGUCGUGAAUUCCUCUUGUGUCUGUGUCCCGUGCACCUACAAAGAAAUUCACGCGCGUCCUCAAGAUUUUCCCGCCAUUACUAACAAUAACCUAAAGGGGUCGCCGGAAAGCGCCUUAGCGGAGGUAGGAAAGGUGGUCACUAGUAACAAUGCCCCUAUAGAAUCUCUACAGGGGAAGAGUGUGAUUGAGAUUGACCACAAUAUCAGUGUGAAGGAGCGGGCGGACUUGUUCACGUUCAGCUCCACAGCCGCCAUGAUUAAAAGGCUGGUGAGGCGAGAGGAGCAGAAUUUAGAUCUGCUGAUAAAGAAAAGUCCUAAAAUUUUCCAAGAUGCAGUCAUACAGGGAAUGCUGGAAUUUGAGUGGGAUCUUUUCAUUGAUGCCAAGAAAAAAGCAUUACGCGGUGAGACCUGGACGUUUGAGGAGAAGGCGAUCUGUUUCAGUAACGGUAUGCUCAUAGGAGGUGGGGGGCCCGACGAUUUCGUCAUCUGGGCCGAGGACAACUUUAAUUUUGAAGAGUUCCGCCCCCUUCCUCUUUAUGAAACUCUGAUGGAAGAAGCUUAUCUCACACAUCUCAGCUCUAAAAACCAUGAUUAUGUUUACCUAGAUGUUUCUAUUGGAGAAGAACCAGCCGGGAGAUUAGUUAUUGAGUUAUUCUCCGACAUUGUUCCACGGACGUGUGAGAAUUUUAAGGCCUUGUGUACAGGAGAGAAAGGAAAAUCAGAGUCUGACUACACACUACAUUAUCUCAACACAUUGUUCCACAGAAUUGUGAGGAAGGGCUGGAUCCAAGGGGGUGACAUUUACCACGGACGGGGAAAUGGCGGGGAGUCUAUAUUUGGAUACGUCUUUGAAGAUGAGAAUUUCGCCGUGCCCCACUCCAGACGUGGUAUGGUAGGAAUGGCCAACAAAGGGCGCCACACGAAUGGCUCCCAGUUCUACAUCACACUAGAACCCACUCAGUGGAUGGACACCAAAUAUGUAGCUUUUGGGCAAGUAAUUGAGGGCACACAAACUCUUAAGAAAAUGGAGGAACAAGAGACAAUGAAUGAACGGCCAAGGAAAGACAUCAAGAUCACUGACUGUGGGGUCCUUAAAUUCCAGUUCUAAUGAGGGGCCAAAGGGGGGACGCUGUUGUUAACAUCUGACAGUAUAGAGACAUACAGGGGCAGACAAUCCGUGCCUGUAUCCUUCUGUGAUAUACCGUUUUCGUUGUGUAUUAUCACUUAUUUGUA